AAGCUGGAUCAGUGACUGUGGUGUUGUAGUCAUCAAUGCAUACCCUGAAGAUGUGGACGGCUCUUGUCUUUCUAAUUCUUACAUUCUCAUCAGGAUCGCUUUCACAAUCCAGAACACGCUUUGCACAUUAUCGUUCAUGGAACUCACAGAUGUAUCCAGUUUGGAGGGAUGGAGAUCCUAGAUACAGAGACUGUUGGAAAGGUGGAGAGGUGACAUUUGAAGUCAGAAGUGAUUCUCCUACACUGACAGGAGCCAAAGCCACUUUCAACAUUAAUGUUCGCUUCCCUCAGAACCAGACAGUCCUUCCUGAUGGACACGUGGUGUGGGCAAGAAACUGUACAAUUAAUGGUACAUCAUAUACUAUGGGCCAGACUGUAUACCCUGAGUCCAAUAUACCUCAAGAAUGGGGUGUCUUUCCUGACAGGACACCCUUCACUAAGAUCUCCAACAAAAAGCCUCGGUUUGUCUAUGUAUGGAAAACAUGGGGAAAAUAUUGGCAGGUGGCUGAUGGUCCCUCCUCUCUACUGACAAUUGAAACAGACAAUAUGCCUCUUGGUUCUUACACCAUGGAUUUGGUGAUUUAUCACUGCCGUGGCAAAGACAAGUUUGUUCCCCUUGGUUAUGCAUCUACCCAGUUCUCCAUCACUGACCAGAUUCCUUUUACAGUCAUAUUAUCUCAGGUUGGUGACAUCAAUCAGGGUGACCAAAGCUUUAUCCAGAACAGAGCUGUGUCCUUCAGCAUUAACUUGCAUGACCCCAGCCAAUAUCUCAGUGGGUCAGACAUCACCUUCAACUGGGAUUUUGGUGACAAUAGUGGAACUCUCAUUUCUCGGGAAACCACUGUUACCCACACAUACCUUACAACUGGUUCCUUCAGGCCACAGGUGGUUUUGAUGGCAGCUAUCUCAACUGGUUGUCAGCUCAAUCCAACUCCAGCAGCCACUGGUGUACCCCCUGUUCCUGUCACAGAUGAAGCAACAUCAGUGGAAAACAUUGUGCUGACUGUUUCUCCUCAAUCGGUUGAUGUUGUUCCCUUGGCAGAGGAAGAAGUUGCACCUGAUGUCACUGUAGUUGCCAAUGACUUGGCAGUGUCAGCAACUGACGCAGAGGCAGAAUUAGAUAAUACUGCUCAGGAGGUGCCCACUGCUGCUGGAGACACUGCAGUAGUAUUGUCAGCUUCUGCAGCAGCAGUCAUAUUAGCCACACCUACAGCUGUUGAGGCUGAACCUGCGACAGAAGUUCCUGCAGCUGACACGGCCCCAGAAGGAGGCGAGAUUAUAAUCAAUCUGGCGGCCACAGUUCUCCCAGAAACCCCUGCUGCUGUAGUUGAAACAACCUCUGUUCAGACACUUAUAGAAAGUGUGGCACCGACUGGUGAUGCAAUAAUCAUUAACACCCCUGAGGCAGUGGUCACAGAUGUCAUAGCAUCUGUUAUACCUGUAGCAGAAGACAUAGAAGCAAUUAAUGAAGCUGCUGCUGGAGUCAACGAGGCAACCGAAGCCAUCAGUGGCCUAACUAGUAUACCUGAGGCAACAGUGAGUGAAUUAGGAGCUGAACAGGUGGCAGGAACUGAAGCAACCCAGGCUGCUCUAAUCAUUGCAAAGCGGCAAGCACCAGAAAUGCCGGCAGAAAGAAACUGUAUGAUUUAUCGUUAUGGCUCCUUCUCUACAACUCUUACAGUAGUCCGUGAGCAGAUGCUACAGAUCUCUGUGUACUAG